AUGUACUUCCUGCGUACAUCCAAACACAUUGACCCUUCUAAAUUGGGCGAAUUUGACGGAGCCCUGCGCACCGCCCUGUCGUCGAUUUGCAAUGUUCAAGUGCCCGAACGGAUGAGAGCCGGCAGAUGUUUGGCGUGGGAUGUUACGGUCCCUGGCACCCUCGCCAAACGAUACGUAAACCUGACAAGUAAAAAAUGCGGUAUGGCCGCGGCCAGGGCAGCGGACGAGAAAAUGAAAAAAUAUGGGAACGCCCUCCCCUCGAUGGAAUUCUUGCCAAUAUGUAUCGAGGUUCUCGGCCCGAUGGACCCCAACACCCUUAAAUUUCUUAAGGCAAUAUGCAAAAUGAUCAGCGUCAGAUCAGGCGACAGCAGGGAACUGUUUUUUGCAACUAACCACAUUUCGUGCUUGUUGCAGCGGUUCCUGCGCGUCUGUGUGCUUGAAAAUAUCCAACUGAAUGCCGACAUGUGCAAUUAA